AUGGCGGAGGCUUCAGAAGGGUCCAUCGAUUUGGCCUCAUUGUUGAGGGCAAAUAAGGUGGAGGCACUUCAUACAACUGCCCUCUGUGGGCCUGUUAAAUUUCUUGUAUGGACAAGACUUUCCGAGGAAGGUUCCUUCUGGAUUAUUAAGUAAGUGGUUCUUUCUCCAACAACGAAAAAUGUUUUUAAACGACACAGUGCGGAUUUUGGAUCAUGGUUUGUGUCUUCAUUUUCUCCUCCUCUCUCCCUUGUUUACAACAAAACGCUUGAUGUCUGCGCUUGCCAAAGUGUUAGGUUCGCGGUGGGAUAGGUUUUGGAAAAUACGAUGUAGAAACAUAGUCUGUCGACACGUUUUCACGACCUCAGCCGGUAUUAAAACAGAAUAGAAAACAUGGCACGGCUGUCACAAAAUUAGUUAGAAAAUUCUUAAUCCUGACGAUCCCUCAGAAGAUUCUAGCCUGUGGAACUAGACAGUGGCAAAAUCUCUGUUUAAAGGAUUCGUGACAUUUAUGUGGGCUUCUUUAGGAGGUUCGUCUGAAACACAUGUAUAUGUCCAAUAGAUAGAAUAAUAAUGGGAUUAAGCCUUUAUACAUGUGUUAAGCUAGGUUUUCACCAACGAUGCGAGCAUAUUGUGGCACAGACGCGAAGGAAAAGGGUACUUAUGGCCUAGGGAGUGUACUAUCUUCUAUUUCCUCUUCAGAAAAGUACCGCUGUGUCCUGAACAGGGUAUAUAAUUUGGAAUCUUAAAAUUAAAACAGUAAGCUGAUCCUUACAGUAGGAGGGGUUUUGGAAAAAAUGAAGAAAGGAAACAAAAAAUGAAAGUAGUGGAAAAAGUAUUGCCUUAUCUUAGCUUAUUGUGUAGCAAAGAAUUAAAAUAAGCUUAUUUUUGUUGUAAUUUGUGUUCCUGUGUCAUUUUGAAGCAGUUUGUGCUGGUUUUGCUAUCCUGUAAAGAGCCCAAAUCGCUCUGCCCUCCCCCUCCCCCGUGGAUUGCACAUCUCAUGUUGCAUGUUCCAUAAGCAUUUCCUUGUUUAUUUGCUCCCUUAGGCUUCAUGAAGCAUCAUACAUUAACAUGGCAAAACACUUUAUUACAUGUAUUUUGUUUGGAUUAUUAGUGCAUCUGAUGGUGUUGAUGUGUGGCACUUACAACUGGACAAAACACAACUUGAUUCUCAUGUAAGAUAACGAAAUAUUCUUUAAUCUGUCAACUUUUCUUGCAUAUAACCUGUGUGUCAAGUGUAUUGUUGCUGUUAUUUAGUUUCUGAAUUUUUUUCCAAAUGCAUAUCUUGCAGAGAGAACUGGCCGAAGUUGAUGGAUAUGACACAUAUUUUGCAAGAUUCAGGUGAGCAUGACACAAUUUUGUUUUUGGUAAUGUAAGCUGAAUUCUAGUGAGUCACAUUUCUGGAAACCAUACCGAUGAAAAAAAUUAUGUCUUUCCAAAUUAACAUUAAUUUUUUUUCAAUUAAAUUUCCCUUAUUCUGUUCCCAGAUGCUUUCAAAAUCCCUUAAAGUGUUUGGUUUCCCAAGGCCAACUAACCUAUUUUUUGGAAAGUCUAAAGGAAAGAAUUAUGACCCUUUAGUGAUCCAAGAGCAUGACAUUUUUUCCUCCAUGAAAACCACCAAUGAUUUUUCUUUUAAAGGUGCAUUACAGAUAACUGAUAAUUUAUUGAUUUUAUUUGUUAAGUUGGAUUUCAUAAUAAUAAUAAUAAUAGUCUUUAUUCAAUCAAAGGAUAAAAAUACAUAUCCUAAGUUACAGUGAAAAUGUAUUAAAAGAUACACGAUAAAAUACAAUAGUAAUACAAGAUAGAAUAAUACUAUACUAAAUUACAUUUAAAAAUAAGUCCAUUUAAUUAGAGUGGUUGAACAGAAUACAGACAUCAUAGAAUUUUGACUAUUUUAUUCAGUGACAGCACAUGAAUACUCUAUGACUAUUAUUUAUUUAUUUCUUCUUGCCAAUAGCUGUGAACCACUGGUUGUUUCAGUAUCUGUUUUAAUUCAUGUUAUUUAUACAAAUUGGGGUACAUGUAAUUUCCAAAGAAAAGUAGGUGGCGAGUUCAUGUGAAAUAGCCGGAGGCUGCCAGCUCUUAUUGAAAACCCUAAGUACAAGGUCAUUUGUUGCUGUCUUGAAACACAUUUACCGAAUUAUUAGAAGUUAAGGGUAGGUGAGGAUACUCAAGAAAACUAAUAUAAUUCAACAGGUCAGAAUUCGAGAGUGGCAGCAUAUCUGUAGCACAGAUAGCAAAUAAAAUUGCCAUAACAGUUGGUACAGGAAUUCCAUCUCUGUGUUAUGACCUCUAUGAAGCUAAAGCAAGUGAAAGGAAAACAGAACUGCAGACAAUUCUUUUCAGACUGGCUGACAGAGUAUCACAACUUACUGAGCAGUUGAAAGGUAGUUAUAACAAUGUGGUGAAAAUGUUGUAAUUAUAAUAAAGGCCCAGUGCAAACAUCAAACUUUUCAUGUACCAAACCUAAUCCCUUCAAUUAAGUGCAUGAAAAGAUACAUGUUUGAACCAAUAAGUCAGACAUCUCUAAUUUGAGUCUACCCAUGAAUUUAAAAGUUUGAGUGGCCCACAUGGGAGUUUUGACUGUGGAGCAACUUCAUUUCAAACGUCAAACUCUUCAUGUGCCAAACCUAAUGCAUAAAUUACUAAAAUUUUAUUCUACUAGUAAGCAUUGUAUACCAUUGGACAUUGUGAAAGUGAAUUACGUCCGACUAAUGUAGUUUGAUGUAUGAAUCAACCAUCGAACUUGUGUCAUUCAUGAUAACUAUUAAGUUUGUACAUGAAAAGUUUAAUAUUUGAACUGGGUCUAAACCGGAAUUUUCUUUGUUGCCUAUGAAUGAUAAUGGCUUGGACACAGAGGAAAUUCUGAAAAGUACAUUAUUCUUAUAUGUUUAUUUUAACUUACUGGUAUAUGCAUCAUUCGCUUCAUUUUCAAGGUGCAAUUAAGAUAGUCAGUUUUACAGCUUGCCAUUCGAGCAAGCUGUAUAUAGCAUUUACAUAAUAGCGGAAGAGUCAUUUUAACUAGUGCAAAACAAAGUAAUUGAUGAGCAGUAUAAUUUCUGUAUUAUUGGAAUUCUCCCAAAAAUACUUCACUUGCCAGUCAGGCAAGUUAAGAACAGAAUUCACUAGCCUGAUAGCAAAGUUCACUAGCCCUGGACUAUCAGACACAACUUUCUUUGCACACUGAUUUUAGAGUAAAAAUUCUGUAGAGUGUUAAUUUCACCUGCUCACAACGUUAGUGAGGCUCAUAAAGUUACAAAUAUAAAAGAAUGAUUAUUUUUAUGAAUUAAAGAUUUUUAUUGUUAAUUCUUCUACAGUGUCAUCAGAUUCAUUGGAGAGAUUGAAAAAUCAAAAGGUGCAUCAUUGAUAAUAUUUUAAUUGAGUCUAAUUAUUAUUAUUAUUGUAAGUUAAUUAAUUAAUUAAUUAAUUAACUUACAAUAGAACAGUGGAAAAUUCAUUGAUUAAUUAAAACUUGUUUGAUUAAUUAAUUGGAAAAUUGAUUAAUUGGAAAAUUAAUUGAUUAAUUAAUUUUAUUAAGUAAUUAAUUUAAUUAAUUAAUCAAUCAAACAAUUUCCCACUGUUACUUGAAAGACAUACAUGGUUUGUUCAAUCUUGAAAUGGUCUUGAACAAUAUUUUAUUUCUGUUUUGUUAAUUCAAAUGCUAUUUCAUUACCUUAGAUGCAAUUGCAAGUCAUACCCAGUCAUUUUGCGAAGUUUUGUUGCAGAAAGUAGUAUUAAAUAAUAUGAUCAAUGAUGGCCGAAGAAGUAAAAAUCGUAAAUUACUCCAUGACGUGUUUCAGCCCAUAGAGUGAUCAAAGGGAGUUGAAGAAUGCCAAUUUAUUAAAUAAAUCUUAGUCCUUGUAAACUGUAAUUUGUCCUUGAAAAAUUCUUGAAAAGUCCUUAAAAUUUGUUUGUCUGAAGUUGUGCGAACCAUGGACAUGGUGAUUUUGAUGAAAAACCAAAUUGGAACAAAGCUCUUAGUAGUAAGUGUCACGUACCAUAUUUGUUGUGGCUUAAUUUAUUGUAUUAAACUGGGUUUCUACCACAAAGAAACAUUUUAGUGAUGCUAAAACUAAUCUGAAAUCUUUCUAACACAGGAAAGGUGCAAACCAUAAAUGCAUGUACAUAGUAAAAAAAACAGUGAUAAAAUAUUCAUAGCUCUAACAUCCUGCUCCUGGCUUUUUUCUUGUAAGGAUGGAGCUGCAGCUGGUUCCUCAGUCUUUGGUGAGUAUUCAAACAAUAAAUUAAAAUGUUAAAUAGAAAUAUCAUAGACUGUCAGUCAUAAAGGCUCUUGUUCUUAUUUUUGAAUGUACAGCUGUAUGGACAGAGUCAUGUGAUGUGACCAUUUUACAUUUUGAAACAUCCCUGGUAGUACUUUCUCUUUUCUGUAGAAUUUGUAUUAUUUAUUUUCUGUAGAAUUUUUAUAAUUUUCAGUUUUGGGUUCAAAAUAUUUUUGUGAAGAUUAUUUUUCCACUGCCUCUUGACAAUAUUGACAUCUUUUAGGCAGUUUCCUUUUAUACAACUUUGAUUAGUUCCAAAAGAUAGAGAACCAAUUAAAUGGAAGAUUUUUUGAAGAAUCCUAAUCAGUAUCACUAUAAACUGAUGGUUCUGUUGAACUGUUCAAUAGAUAUUCCACCAAAGAAGACCAGCCAGGCUCCCCCAGUGAAAAGAAAACAAGGGCACAGUCUUAUCAAUCCAGGCAGUAGAAAGUAAGAUUUGAGAGUUUUUUUAUUUUACUGAAGGAUAAUUUUGUACCACUCAGAAUUAAGCUAACAAGGAAUCCAUUUGCGAAUGCAUUCAGAAUGGGUAUAAAACGGAUAAUGAAAAAGAACAGAUCGGAUGAGGGAAAAGAAACUGAACAGAUCUGAAAUGUGUUCUCUUUAGAGUUUCCUGUUAGAGUGUAGGUUAAUUCUGAGUGCUACUGUAUAUUUACAUAUCUCAACAGCCAAUGCAUCUAUCAGCAAAUUGCCCCAUGGGUAGUUCAACAGGGGCCCUGGGGAAGU